UCCGCCUGGUCCACUUUUAACAUUGUACCAUAUUAUACACCAUAUCCAACCAAUUGAAGCAGCCGGCUAACAAGCCGAGGCUCAUAUAGAUUACUUUGAUCAGACGCAAAGAGUGGCAAAAACCAAACAUCACUUUCUGCUCUGCGAGUCAGACACAGGGGAGAGAGUGCGGAGAAGAAAGUGCGACACAGUUUUCUCUCUCUCUCUCUUUUGAGAAUGUGGCGAACCUGCGGUUAGAGAACAGAGAAAAAAAAAAGGCGGAUUGCGGCUCAUUGAAUGAUCAACAAGUUGGAGAGUGUCUUGAUAGGCAGAGCUACAUGAAAUCCUCUCAGCUGCAACAGGAACAGAGGACGAGCAGCAGCAGCAGAAGAAGAAGACCCGCCGUACAUUUUGAGCUCCAUUACCUGCACACGGUGAAGUGAACAGAGGAUGUUGUCUCGCCUGACUGAGCUGAUAUGGUCCGACUGGAUUUGGUUUCCUGAAGGCCACGGCUGGGCUGACCUUGAGGACCGCGAUGGCAAAGUCUUCCCUAAACCACGGGACCUCUGGGCAACAAUACCCAUCGCCCUCUGCUUCCUGGUCAUAAGACAGAUAUUUGAGAGGACAGUAGCAAGUCCUCUCGCCUCCCUGCUGGGAGUGAGCGACAAGAAACGUGUUUUUGCUCCUCCGAAUCCCGUCCUGGAGGCUCAUUUCUGCAGCACAUCAAAGCAUCCCACACAGAGCUCCCUAGAGAGUUUAAGUAAACAGACAGGCUGCUCGGUGCGACAGGUCCAGCGUUGGUUCAGGCGGCGGAGAAACCAGGACCGGCCCAACAAGUUCAAAAAAUUUCAGGAAGCAAGUUGGAGAUUUACCUUUUACCUUCUUGCUUUCUUUGCUGGCCUGGCAGUCCUUAUUGACAAACCAUGGUUCCACGAUAUGAAGCUGAUGUGGGAAGACUUCCCGAAAAUGCCGCUGUUGCCCUCGCAGUACUGGUACUACAUGAUCGAAUUAGGCUUUUAUACCUCGCUGCUUUUUAGCGUAGCAUCGGAUGUCAAGCGUAAGGAUUUCAAAGAGCAGAUAAUUCACCACGUAGCCACCAUUGUUCUUAUCACGUUCUCCUGGGUUGUUAACUACAUCCGGGGUGGGACUCUAAUCAUGUUGGUGCAUGAUGCCUCUGACUAUCUAAUGGAGUCAGCCAAAAUGUUCAACUAUGCAGGUUGGAGGAAAACCUGCAACAUCAUCUUCACUGUGUUCGCUGCAGUUUUCUUUGUCACCCGCCUCAUUAUCCUCCCCUUCUGGAUCAUAUACACGACAUGGGUGUACCCCCUGACCCUCUACCCCCCCUUCUUCGGCUUCUACUUCUUCAAUGGGCUAAUGUUUGUGCUGCAGGCGCUGCACGUCUUCUGGGCCGGCCUCAUCUUGCGCAUGGUCAUCAAAUUCCUGCCGGGCAAUGAUAUCGUUGAGGACGAGCGCAGCGACAAAGAGGAGACCGAAUCAGAAGACGAAGACGACGAACACGAGCAGAGGGAAAAAUCUAAAAAUGGCCACGUGCAGAACGGCCACACCGUCCUCAACAACAACCACAGAAAGACGGACUAAUUGGACCCACGGGAGCUGAAGACGAGGUGUGAGUGUGAGGAGUGACGAGGGGCCCUCACAUGUGGCCCUCACCUGAAAGCCAAAGAACAGGAGCGUGGCAUUUUGAGAGGGGCAGCAGACGGCACACACAAAAACAAACACUCAUCUAUAACCUCCUUUUUUAGAAACCCGGGUAGUCCAAUGUGGAUAAUAUCCCUCCUCGGGGGGAUUACAUUAAAUGGAGAGUGGAAGACUGCAAUGGAGAACCACGAUGAUCUGCUUAGCACCUAAGCAGCAGAGUGGUUUUCUCAUUACACACACACACACACAGACACACACCUUCUCCUCUUUUCUCUCCCCUCUAGUCUGGUUUGCUAUUUGCCAAGAUUUUGUGCUGCUGACCAAGUCGCCACAUGUCGAAUCUGCCUGCGUGUAGCUUUAAUGUUUUAGAAGAGUUUUAAAGAGACGUCGUGGAUAGGACGGGCGCUCCCCUUCCUGCACGGUCACUUAAAACUCUUCUAAGUGUUCUCGCCCUUAAACAUGACUGAUCGUUUUGCUCUAGGUAACCACACUGAGGUCAUGUGGCAUUGUGAGGAGCAUUAAGGUGAUGCGGUGAUGUCUUUCUAUGGACCAUAACCUCAUUUAAGUCUAUUUACUGAAGUCCAGAGUAUCAAUUAAUGAUUAAUUUGUGCAAGUUACUGCAGCUGUCACUUGUCACUUUGGCUCAUGCCAUUGGUUUUGUUGAAAUAUAUUUGUUACAGUAAUGUUUAAAACAAAAUAAUCAUUUUUUUUGUUAGUUUUUUUUGUUUUUUAACAGUCUGAACGAGUGUGAGAAGGUGCUACAUCUGCCUUGUGUGUUUGGAAUGUGCCUUUUUGUGGAAGUUUGUCUUAAAUGCUUUUCUCCUCUAAAGCAGAAUGCACACAGAUUGUUUUAAAUGUUGUUUUUUUUGUUUCAGCUUUUUACUUUUAGUCUGAUUUUAUUUUGCUUUACGUUUUAUUUGUUUCCAGUCAAGACGGUUUCAGUUUGGGAGCAAUUUGUUUGAGUGUAACCCAAACCAAUCAGUAACUGUUUAUGAAUUCUUUAUGAGCUGGACGAGUCAUUAGCAUUUCCAUUCAGUGUUGUUUUCCCCAUCUAUCCAAAGAUGCACUUUAUGGUUUCUUCUAUGGAUCAGCAUUGACUAAAUAUCGAGUAAACAAGCUUAGUAAGAGUGUUUGAUUCCAACUCAAACCUUGUUUAUUUUUAGUUUAGAGGUUUGGAGUACGAUUUUUGUCUAUUUAUUCUAAUUGCCUACCCGAGAUCUUCCUCUUUGUCAGUGUUUGGAGUCAUUACGAAAAUUAUUUGAAUGAGAGUAAAGAGGUAAAAAUGAAACACCAAAGUAUGGUUUACAUUUUGUACUACCUUGUCAUUUGCAAGUGCCUUCAUCAUUUCAAGUGUUCAUUGUAAAGAAAAGAAAUAAUAAUAAUGAUAAUUUCCAUCCCUUCGUCUUUAGUUCCGCUGUCCUCGUGCGCCAACAAAUCCAAGUGUCUGUAACACUCUUUGUAACUUUCUUUGGCUUGACGCGACCAAUCGCCUGCAGCUUUCUCUGAAGAGCUCCGCCUCCACAGAGAGUGUUUUUAUUCUGCUUUAUGUGUUGCUGAGUUGUAAAAAAAAAAAUCACAAUGACGAUUAUGAUAAAGAUGAGCGUGGAUAACUUCUGUGUCCUCUAUGGUUUCUUUUUUGACUUUGAAUCUAAAGUCAUUGACAGGGAUGUAAAGGUUUAGUUUCAGAGAUUUAACACAAAGUUUACAACAAACUCAGUAGGAGGAGGAGGAAAAAUAACUUAGGUUUUCAUAUAUUCUUAUGGUGAAAAUUAUUAGUAAAAUGACUGACUGAUGUUCAGAUGUGAAGACUUUGGGAUCUGCUCUUUUAAAUCUAAAAAUAACUAGCAGAUUUUAUUAAAAUUCUUGCAUACUCCUAGAGGUUUUUUUUUUUAUUAGAACAAAGUAGAUGGUUAAAUGUUGCAACUAAUGAAUGUUUACAUUAUCCAUCCAUCUGUUGUUGUUUUUUUUUUGUAAUAAAUGAUUGUUAACCUUUUAAAAAUGGAAGAAAACAGAAAAUACCCCUCUCAGAGUACUCAGAUGGCUUGUUUUGUCUGACCAGUAGAUUUAAAUUCACAAUUAUUGUAAAUAGAAAAGCAGCAAAAUCCAAAAAUUGUACAUGGAACCUUGAGUAUGUUUGAUAUUUAUGAUCAAUAAAGUGACUCAUUGAUUACCAAAAA